AGACGCCUGUUGCCCAGCAACCGCACGCGCCAGGGACAUGAAGGAAACAAUGUUGACGAGGCAAGACAGAAAAUCAUCGAGUAUGGGGUUCUAGAACUAAGCAUUUUAUGGAACUUUCUUGAGAAAACAUCUCGGAAUCAUGUCACGCUCAGCGGCCAAAUCUCGCGACAAGAGUCGUGCUGCCAGCUUGGUUCUGGCACCUGCUCUUCCUAGCCCUGCCUCGGUCCAGAAUGUGGAGACAGUGGACAUUGUCCCAGGUCUCCUCACGGAAGCCGCCUGGGUCACCAUGACAACACAGGACAACGGGGAGGAGGUGGUGGCGGAGAUCAUGGGAGAGCUGGAGGCUGCAGUGAUGGACAGGUGCUAUCAGGUGUACCUGCAAAAACAGCUGGUGCCGUUCACAGUGACCCGGGCCUAUGAAAGCCUGGUGCAGAUGUCUGACUGGCUGUUCCUGGCGAGGGAUGAGGGUGAGGGGCGAGAGAGUGCCACCUUGUGGGGGGAGGACACAGAGCCUGAACCCUGUAAGAGCGACUCAUGGGCCGAGGGCUGUGUUCCUGUCCGGUACACCAGUGUGAGCUCACACACACCUCUUUUGCAGAAGUUGCUGGAUUUGCACCUGGAAGAGUCUGCUGAUCCAUGGGAUACACAGAGCAAGCCCCAGUCUCCCAGUAGACAGGACAGCAAGCCCCAGUCUCCCAGUAGACAGGACAGCAAGCUCCAGUCACCUACAAAGCCAGAGCCUCCAGACAGAGAGAGAACAGUCCUAGCAAAAAAAAAAAUAGUGGAUUCAACUGAACCUGAGAAGCCAGACAAGGCAGAGAAGAUAGCACCAGAGGAAGUCCAACCCUCACCAUACCUCACUGUAGCCACCUAUAAAGCCCAGAGGAGGAGACAGUCUCAGACCCAACCAGGCGCACACAAGGCCCUACCACCACCUCUGAAGACCUACAAACCCUUAUUCACCCCUAGUGAACCAGCCCAGCAGUACCAGAGCCUCUCUGUACCCCAACUUCAGGGGCAUAGACCACGAGAGGUCCCAGUCCGUAGGAGACUGGACCCCGCUAGACUACCACAACACCAUGUCUGGCCUGAGGUGGAGGUCCUGGAGCCUCGGCCCUCACACCGCUCAAAGGAGAGAAUAGGGCCCAAAAACAGGGCCCCCCACCGGCCCAAUCAGGACCAUCACAGCAUGGCACGCCGAUGCACCAUCACCCCCCUGACUGCCCACACCCACCAUGCUUUACCCAGCAAGACUCGGAAGAAGAGUCUGCACCAUGGUGUCCAGCUACAGAGGCAUGUGCACCGAGGCGGUACCCAGCCAAGUGGCUCAACUGUGGGCUACACUCCGCUCUCCACUGGCCUCGAUCUGGAUACCAUUGAGCUGGUGCCAGGAGUGGCCAUUGGGGACCCAGUAUGUGGGACUGGGGAAAACAAGCCGUUCUGGGUUUCCCAUCUGCCUGAGCUGAAGCCUAUCAGAAGCAGCCUCCCGGCCAUGUUUUGGUCCUUGAAUCAGGUGGUGGGAGGGCAGAGCCCUCGAGUCAGUGUCCCCACUGGGAAACACUGGGCAUGAGGAGCGAUAGGAACCACUGCAGUCUCAAUCACACUGCAGCCUAAUGGACUGUCAUUUGAUGAAUAGGUGCUGAUUUGCUUUUAUUUAAUAAAGAGAAGAUGUGAAUUCCAUUUUAUAUUCUAAGUUUAAUUUAAGCUAUUCCAGCAUGUAAAAGCUCUCUUCCAAAUGUUGUGUUUGUUUAAGGAAGGCCACCUAGCAUCUAAACCUAUUUAAAUCAUGGACUGCACUUGAGUUUGCAUACAUAUUUUGAUGCUUUUCUUCUGUGAGAUAGUGCUCCCAUGUUUUGUCAGAUGAACUUGAACCUCUACCCCCCAUGUAUUGUUACCCAGUUACAUAACAACACAGUGAUAUUGUUACAUGAUUGUUACUGAUCACCUGUUUGUUUUCAACAUUGCCUUGUUCAUAGAUGUCCUGAGGUUUGAUGUUAAUGCAGUUCAAUACUUGACCCCAUGAUGGCAGUGCGGAUCAUAUUCUAACAUUUGUCAUCAUAAUGCUUCUGAGCAAAUUCAGGAGUUGUUUGCUAGGGUGCACCAAGAAUAUGCGACGACAACAGAUGACCAAGGAACAUACAUUAAACACCAUUGUUCAGGUCUGGCUCAACGCUUCAUAAACUUACUUUAUUUUAGACAUAUAUUAUCUUUUGUAAUGACAUUAAUUCUCACCACUGACAACUGAGUCUUAACAACCAUUGAGAAGAGUAUUUAAAAAAACAUCUAUGACUAGUAUCCCAUUUUGGCAAUUAUUCUGUGUUGAGUUCCUGCAUAGCGAUAAGGGCACUGU